AAGUUUGGGAAAUUUGGACAUGUUAACACUUCUUUUAAACGUCCAAAAUCUGACAGUGUUUAAAGCGUAUGAUUACUGUCUUUUCGUUAGGCGACAAUUUAACUCAUCGCUGAAAAGUUGUUAAAGAAAGCGGUCUGGACGUGCGCUGAUUGGACUUUUUUCUUUCAAUGUCAUGGCAAACUAAAAAUUUCGCUUUUGUUCGGCCCUACCAAGAGUAAUCAGAACAUAAAAACUUUUUCUGCAAAUGAGUCAAAACCGCGGUAGUAUGUUCUUUUGCAGGCUGUCAUCUUUUAUUUUGUUAUAAACAAAGUAAUGGCCUUACAUACGAAAACGAAUUAUUAAAAUAUCUCCUCAAUAAACUAUAAUACGCCUGACCAUUGUUUAGCAACAUCUGUUCCAUUUCAAAAUUAUGAAGUGUGGUACACGAAUCCUUAAAACUUCUAAAGGAAAAGUCACAGGUAGCUAAUGACUAAAGAAAUUAAGCAAAGUAUUACAGCACGUUACGAUUUCUGAUUAAAUGAAGAUCUCCACGGUCCGAAAAGCUAAGUUCACAAGUUACUGAGUCACAUACUCAUAAAACACUGAGAGGAAAGUAUAUUUCAUAUGCUGCUUAAAAUAUGUUUCCAUUGGCAUUGGAUAAAAAGUCCACUCCAGCUCAACCACCACCUGUCGAUGUCUCUCAUUUAACUGAAGAGGAGAAGAAGAAAAUUAUAGACGUUUUAGAAAGACAGAAAGCUUUGGAAAAUGAAACAGCCUCAAUACAAAGUUCGCUUGCAAAAGAAUUGGCAACGUAUCAAGUGCAAUAUGAAGUCAAAAGUAGCAGUGGAGAAAGCUCUCCAGCCUCAGCAGACCUAUGUGAGCUUUGUCAUCAAAAUAAAGUUGUGAUCGUUAAUAAUAACCCUCGUAAAUGUAAAUUUUGCAGGUUUAAGUUGUGCAAUAGUUGCAGCUUUCAGGAUAGUACACAGGAUGAUUGGUUAUGUCCACUGUGUAAGAAAAAACAGGAUCUUUUGUUAAAAACUGGAAAAUGGUUUCAUGGAAAAGAGACAAAAAAACACAACCCUGGCAGAGAACUUGAACUUCAUUUACUAAACACUCCACCGGCUACUCCCAAAAGUAAACCUAUUAGUCCGAAGAUUAUAAAAACUGGCUUACCUGCCAGCUCUGUUGCCAAAGCUCAAUUAGAAGAACAGGCAGAGGAUGAACGCAGAAAGUCAUUAAAAGAAAGAUUGGGUGAGAGCAAUGGAGUUGGUAAACAUGGCAGCCGUGUCAGUGAUAGUGAUUCUGACAGUAGUGAAAAUCGAAGAGGUGGUUCGUUUAAAAAAAAAGUUACUUUUAAAGAGCGUAAUUAUACGAGAGGAGCUAGUUCUGAAAGCAAUGAAGAUGAUGCAUUGUCACAGGAACAAAAUAAAAUAAAAGAAGAAUUACUCAAGCUGCUGAGCAGUCAUCAUGUACGUUGGUCUCCUCCUGAUGAUGAAAAUAAAAAGCUAGGAGAUAUUUUGCUCUCCAUUGAACCUGGAAAUAGCAAGCAGUUUAAAGACCAUUGUUCAGCUUUUGGAUUUGAAUUAUCAGCUGGCUUAACAUCUGACAGUGGGAAGUUAAUGACAGUGAUAAAGACAGUUAAAAGGGAUAGCAUCGCUGAUAUCAUUGCAAAUAUAGCUGUUGGUGAUGAAGUCUUAGAAUGGAAUGAACAGUCUUUGGUGGAUUGCACGAAAGAAGAAGUUGAGGAGAUACUUUCCAUGGAAGAUUCUUUAGAUUUGCAUAUACUACUAAGCAGAACAUGCGCACAGGAGAUCAAAGUUUCACCUUCACAACAGUUGUCACGCAAAAUGCCUGGUAUUCUAAAAUCAAGUCCAGAAGGCACGCCAACAAACAAAUUACCAGUUGAUAUCCAAAAUGGUAAAAACACAUCAAGUGAUGAAGAAUUGGGAAAGCCAAGAUCACGCUACCAAGGAAGGCUCAACAACAAGCAUUCAUUUAUAAAUCCAGAGAGCAUCACGGGACAAUUACAGUUGAAAUUAAACUAUGAGCUUGAUGCGGGUAGUUUGUAUGUGACGAUAAUGGCUGCAAAAGGAUUGAUACAUCGUUCCAACAUGCAACCGAGGAAUCCUUACAUUAAACUGUACUUUCUACCAGAUCGGAGCUUGCAAAGUAAACGUCGCACCAAAACUGUACUGAGAACUCUCUCACCAGUUUGGAACCAAACAUUCAUGUACGUGGUGAAAAAUCAAAAGCAAGACGAGUCCAUACUUUCCGAUGAUUCGCUGUUGGAUAUUAUACCGUAUAUAUCACCUGAUCACGCGGAAAGCUUAAAAGAAACUUACCACAACAACCGAUGUGACUCUCCUUCUCACAGAAAGAAAAUGUUUCAGGGACGUUCAUUGGAAAUUACUUUGUGGGAUUAUGAUCGGACAGAAAGUAACGAAUUCAUUGGCGAGGUGUUGAUCGACCUAAGCGAGGCACUUUUGGAUAAUCGAGCUCACUGGUAUUCCUUACAUUUACACAAUUACCACGCAACACCAUUACCCACCCCAACCCCUAUGUUGUCGCCGCAGAAUUCUUUUCGUGAUCCUGCAACAGUUGAAAGAUAUAAAGGUACAAUUCCAUCGAUUGUGUCAGUUCACAGUGAUUCUUCAAACGAUGAUGAAAAUGAUGAGGAGCGUCAGGAUGAUGAUGCUCCUUCAACAAAUGUUUCUCCUGUCAUUAACACAUACAACGAAGUACUUGAACCUACAGUGGAUGCACCAACUGACGAUGGUACAGUUGAUGAUCUUAGUCUGGAUACGGUUGAAGACAAGACCCCUGUACCGUCACCAAGUUUCGCGCGAACACAUGAAACCAACGUACAACAAGGAUUACAACACGCAGAAAAGCUACCUCUAGUUAAAUCAAAUUCAUUAGAUAGUGCAACAUCGGGUAUUAGACCUUCUUUAUUGCAACGGGCUCAACAGUUUUUACAGAAACAGCUUGAUGUUCUAACUUCAUCUCAGCCUACGUCCAGCUCGGAUGGCGAAGUGAAUGGACACUCUCCUUCAACAUCGCAAUGGACUACACAAGCACCCGCAGCUGACCCAUCAUCAAAGUUAACAAAUGUCACUACGAUGGAGAACCCGUCAUUUCUCACUACAUUAUCAUCUGAUCAAGUUAGUAUUAGUAGUAGUAACGCUUCGGAGCCUAGCACUCACUCUACUAUCGAACAUCCUAUCUUGAGCAAAACUGUUAGCUUACCGCAUCAGAAUCGACGUCAUAUAUCACCUGAACAAUUGAGAGGAAAACGCGUCGUGGCGGACCGUCAUAAAAGUCCGUACAGGCAAAUGCCCGAUAUAGCACGUGGGCGUCAACAAAAUCACACGUCACCUACUGCGCAAGGUGCCUACGAUAUAUCGGAAACUGCGCGGAGAAAUCACGAAAACAAAUAUGGCGGCAAGCCAGGUGACUCUCCACAAAGUGUUGGCAGUUCUCCAAGAUAUUUAACAGAACGCCGCUACUUGAAGCGUGUGAAUAGUCUCAAUGAGAACGAAAUAAAAAAUAGAAAUGUUCUGCGUACUUACAAAAAUACAACCGAUAGCAAUUUCCUCAUGAGUACGUUUCCACCACAGAGGACAUUUUACGACACUGGUACAGAUCAAUUAGACAGUAGUUACGGUUCAUCUGGUUCGUAUCGAAGGAGGAGAAAGGAAAGUUUUGGGAGUGGUAGAAGCAGCCCGACGUCGUCCCUGGAAAGUCAGAGAAGUGGUAGCUCGUCUAGUUUAGCUAGUUCGAUGAUGACUGUCACAAGCAUAGAUAGCAGCAUGUCGUGGAUUCCACCAAGUUUCGGUAUAUCAGGAGAUACGCAGCUCAUCGAUUUCGUUGAAGGUCUUGGUCCUGCUCAAAUGGUAGGAAGACAAGUGCUUGGGUCGCCGUUGCUAGGUGAUAUUCAAGUAAGUUUAUUUGACCGCCGUGGAGUUUUGCAGGUUGAAAUUAUCAGAGCGAAAGGACUUGUUGUAAAGCCCGGUGCAAAAACAUUACCCGCUCCUUACGUAAAAGUGUACCUGUUAUAUGGUAAAAAGUGUAUCGCAAAGAAGAAAACGAAAACUGCUCGAAAGACACUGGAUCCGUUGUACUCACAACAACUGGAAUUCCCGCAAAACUACAGAGGAAAAAUACUCCAGGUCAUGAUUUGGGGAGAUUAUGGUCGCAUGGAUCGUAAAGUGUUUAUGGGUGUAUGCCAGAUAUUCCUAGACGAUCUAGAUUUGAGUCAACUUGUAAUGGGUUGGUAUAAACUAUUUUCAACUACGUCAUUGGCUCAACCACCUUCUGCACCAGCCUCUGCCAACUCUUUAACAUCGCACAGUGAAAGAGAUUUUUGAUAAGUCGCUUAUUACAUCAGAAGGUUCUGACGUCAUCAUUUGUUGCAGUGAACGCCGAGUGUGGUCAACAUAAAGUUUUUCACUGCCGUGAAUAUUUGUUUACUAGUAGCGGAAUAAUUUGUUGAUUAGAAAACCGCCCUGACAAUGUUAGGGCGUAAAGGGCGUGAACUGUAGUCACUGAACUGACCUUGAACAUUGGUGCCAUGAUUUAUAGAUUCGUUGAAAUUACAUUGCAGUUGACUGGUAAAGAAGAAGGUAAAUGUUGAUGACUUUCAGCUUUUUAGUCGCAUUUUUAGCGUGCGGUGUCACCAUAUCGCGUUUAGUAUUUUAACUUGUUACAGUUUGUAUAUAAAAGCAUCAAAUUGGACGCGUGUCUUUGCACGGUACAAAACAUUUCGUAAAAUUAGAAGGAAGCGAAGUUAUGUUCUGGAUCAAAGGGGUGUCACACUUACCUUGAGAAAUCUCCUGUGAUUUUAAAGAGGAUUAUAUGGAGAAUGAGAGCAAGUAGUGCUGCAAUUUCGAUUUAAAUUUUAAAAUGUUUUUACCAAUUGCGUGUUUGUUGUAAUAGUUAAUUUAUAAUACCCUGGGGAGGAGUGUUUAAAUAACCGAUUUUCUAUAAAGAGGGUGUGCCCAUCGGUAUAUUAAAAAACACUGUUUUCCAGGUAUUUUAUGCAUUUUUUUAAUACGUUCAGUUCUGUUUUUAGUUUGAAUUUUUACGUUUAUUUAGUAAUUCCCAAACUCCUUGAAUCUGAUAGAAUUAAAAGAAACAGUUACGUGAAGAUAAACUAAGUACUGAAAGAAGUCUGGGACUCGAUAUAAUCUCUAGUAAAAAAGGUGUAAAUCGUGAAUUCUUAAAGUUGGAGUUUGGGAACAAAGUUGACAGGUUGCAACUUUUUAACGUGUACAUGAAAUUGAAUUUUAUUUAUUGAGAAAAAGGGUUUAUUUAUUCUUUUAUUUUUAGAAUUGCUAAUUUAUUUAUUGAACAUAUACAUAUGUGUAUUAAGAAAAUCAAAAUUGUAAUAUAACAGAAUUUAGAUUAUAUUUAAGCAAAUGUUGAAGAAGCGA